AUGUUAUCAGCCCGCAAAAUUCUCGUGUACAGCAUUAUCUUCUCGUCUGCAACUAUCAUUGGGUAUGAUUCCGGGUACUUGAACGGCGUGCUUGGAUCCGAAGACUUCACCCGAAUCUACGGCGUCAAACAUAGCGUCACCGGAGACGUAUACUUGACUCCAUAUACUCGGAGCGUAUUCUCUGCGUUAUUCGUCGUUGGAGCUCUUGUAGGAUGUCAGCUAGUAGCACCUCUUACCAAUCUGCUUGGCCGGCGCGGCAACUUGUUCACAGCCUCAAUCAGCUAUGCUGCAGGCGUAUCGCUCCAGACCUCUGGACUUGCCCCACCCAUAUUCAUCGUGGGUCGUAUUUUACUUGGUAUUGCUCUCGGCCUCAUCUCUAUCACAGUUCCUGCCUAUCUCAUGGAAUGCUCUACGCCAACGAAUCGAGGACAAUUGAUGGCAUUCUACACCCAAUUCCUCACCACAGGCAAUGUCAUAGCCUGUGGCAUCAGCCUGGCAACUUCCAAGUAUAACGAUUCCCGGAGUUGGCGCAUUACGAUCGCAUUCCAGCUGGUGUUGGCACUGAUCGUUGUCAUUGGUGUCUUUUUCUGUCCCGAGUCGCCACUCCUCCUUGCCAAGAAGAACCAGAAAUCCGAAGCGCGCCGUGCUCUUGCCAUUCUCCGCAAUGCAGACGUUAACUCCUUAGAAGUUGACGACGCCAUGGUCGAAAUCGAAAAUUACAUUACAGAUCAGAAUACGCACGGAAGCGCAAGAUUCAUCGAGUGUUUCCGAGGAACCGAUCUCAGAAGAACUCUCAUUGGCGUGGCGAUGUCAUUCUUCACUAUAUCCACAGGCAUCACCUUCUGGUUCGGCUACGGAACAACCUUCUUUGCCGCGGCGGGUGUCGACGACUCGUACCUGAUCUCUCUGGUUCUCGCCAUCACCAAUUGCGUCUUCACAGCACCUUCCAUGUAUCUCAUUGAGCGUCUGGGAAGGAGAAGAUCUUUGAUCGCGGGCGGGAUCCUUAUGGGACUCGCCCAAUUACUCACCGGCGUCAUCCAUAGCGCUGCUCCGGACAGCAAAGCUGACAAGAUGAUGCUGAUCGUUGGGGCAGUGUUCUUUAUCGCUUCAUACGCACCAACUUGGGGUAUCGGGGGCUGGCUGUUGAUGGCAGAGCCUCUGUCCGACCGUGCGAGAAAUUACCAAUCUUCCAUCGUGUUGACGGCAUACUGGAUCAUCACGUGGCUGGUUGGAUUUGUUACGCCUUACAUGAUUGAUGAGACUGCCGGAGACCUCGGAGUCAAGGUGUCCUACAUCUGGUUUGGCAUGACUGUUCUGUCUCUGGUCUGGGCAUACACCUGUGUCCCAGAACUCACGGGGCUUUCCAGAAUGGAGAUUGAUAAAUUGUUUGAAGAGAAUGUGCCUGCAUGGUGUUCACGGACGUGGCAGAAGAACCUUCGAACCAUUCACGCAGUCUCUGAGUCUGGUCCAGACAAGGCCGUCGUUAUUGAAGAAAGGAUGCAGUCUAAGAGGGAACAGUCAACUUAG